AUGGAUCAGUGCUGGUACCACGGCAACAUCACUCGUUCCAGAGCCGAAGACCUGCUCUCCAAAGUAGGCAAGGAUGGCAGCUUCCUUGUGCGGGCCAGUGAGUCAGUUGCUUCGGCAUAUGCACUCUGCGUGCUGUUCCGGAAUUGCGUUUAUACCUACCGAAUUCUGCCUGAUAAAGAAAAUAAGCUAAUUGUCCAGGCAUCAGAGGGUGUUCCCGUGAAGUAUUUCGAGAACUUGGAGGAACUUAUAGAAUUUUACAAGAAGGAGAACAUGGGUCUGGUAUGGCACCUCAAAUAUCCAGUGCCGCGGGAAGAGGAGGAGGCUGCAGAUGAACCAGAGGAGGAUGCUGACCUGGUACCCACGCCUCCUAUCCUGCCCCCACGCAACAUCCUCAUGGCAUUGCCGAGCAGCGAGACAAAGGAGAUACCUUUUCUCCCUGAAAACUUCAGGGUGGCAGAUGUUAAUAAACUGUCCCUUUCUGAGACACUACUCCAGCGACUGCAGUACCAGGACACAAGCAGUGUCUCCGACGAGCAUCUUAAACUCAUCCAGGAUUACCUGCGAGUUCACAUCAUCAGUGACUUUGAGAUGGUGCAGACUGGCUCAAGCAAUCUUCCUCAACUGAAGAAACUACUUACAGUUCUUUGCAAAGGACUUUUCAGUGAAGCCUCUAGGACCUUCCCAUCUCUGGAAUCCAUCCAGAAGGUGUUUGAGCAGCAGCUGCACCCUGGUAUCCAUCAGCGCUCACAAAUGCUCAGUGAAGCUAGUCCAGUCAAUAUUGUAUUGAAACUCAAUCAGCUGAUUUCUUUGCUGUCUUCCAUUGAAGAAAAGGUGAAAACAGUGUUGGUUGAAGGUCCUGAUUCAACACACCGGCGCUCCCUUAUCCCCCCUGUUGUUUUUGAGGUGAAAGCUGACUCCCUAGGAAUUUUCUCAAAAAUACAUCUCAAGGUUGAUGUGGAAAUGGGAAAACUGAUUAUCAAGAGGGCUAAGGAUGGUCCAGAAGACAAGUUUUAUACCCACAAGAAAAUCCUGCAGCUUAUCAAGUCCCAGAAGGUCCCUAACAAACUGGUGAUUGUGCUGGAAACAGAAAAAGAAAAAACUCAGCGGAAGGAAUAUGUUUUUUCUGAUUCCAAGAAGAGAGAAGGGUUCUGCCAACUUCUGCAGCAGAUGAAGAACAAACACUCAGAGCAACCAGAGCCUGAUAUGAUCACCAUCUUCAUUGGGACCUGGAAUAUGGGUGCUGCACCUCCCCCAAAGAAGAUCACCUCCUGGUUUCUCUCCAAGGGGCAGGGGAAGACCCGUGAUGACACUGCUGACUACAUUCCUCAUGACAUCUAUGUGAUUGGCACCCAGGAGGAUCCCCAAGGGGAGAAGGAAUGGCUGGAGACCCUGAGGCAAUCCCUGCAGCAAAUCACCAGUAUCAGCUUCAAAGUGAUAGCAAUCCAUACCCUCUGGAACAUCAGGAUUGUUGUACUGGCCAAGCCAGAACAUGAGAAUCGCAUCAGCCACAUCUGCACAGACAAUGUGAAGACAGGCAUCGCAAACACACUGGGUAAUAAAGGAGCUGUGGGGGUGUCAUUCAUGUUUAAUGGAACCUCCUUUGGGUUUGUUAACAGCCAUUUGACUUCAGGAAGUGAAAAGAAAAACAGACGCAACCAGAACUACACAAACAUCCUGCACUUCCUGACACUGGGAGAUAAGAAACUGAGUCCGUUUAACAUCACUCAUCGCUUUACUCAUCUUUUCUGGCUGGGAGACUUGAACUACCGCGUGGAACAGCCCCCAACGGAAGCAGAGAAUAUUAUCCAGAAGAUCAGGCAGCAGCAGUAUCCGGAGCUGCUGGCUUUUGACCAGCUUCUCAUAGAGAAAAAGGAUCAAAAGGUGUUUCUGCAAUUUGAGGAAGAAGAGAUUACUUUUGCUCCAACCUACCGUUUUGAAAGAGGUACCCGGGAGAAGUAUGCUUACACCAAGCAAAAAGCUACAGGGAUGAAGUACAAUUUGCCAUCCUGGUGUGAUCGAGUGCUUUGGAAAUCAUACCCCAUGGUGCACGUUGUGUGUCAGUCCUAUGGCUGCACCACUGACAUCAUGACAAGUGACCACAGUCCUGUCUUUGCCACCUUUGAAGUGGGAGUCACCUCACAGUUUGUUUCAAAGAAUGACUCCAAGUACACAGAUUCCCAAGGAGAGAUAGAGUUCCUGCACUGCUAUGCUACUCUGAAGACCAAGUCCCAGACCAAGUUCUACAUCGAGUUUCACUCUAGCUGCUUAGAAAGUUUUGUGAAGAGCCAGGAAGGAGAAAAUGAGGAUGGGAAUGAAGGGGAGCUUGUGGUAAAGUUCGUUGAUGCUCUUCCAAAGCUGACUCCAAUUAUUUCAGACCCAGAAUACCUACUGGAUCAACACAUCCUGAUCAGCAUUAAGUCAUCAGACAGUGAUGAAUCGUAUGGGGAAGGCUGCAUUGCCCUGCGAAUAGAAGCAACAGAAUCCUUAGUUCCUAUCCAUACAGUGCUGACACACCAUGGUGAGAAAACAGGGGUCUUCCAAGGUGAAAUCAAGUUACAAACAUCACAAGGGAAACAGAGAGAAAAACUGUAUGAUUUUGUCAAGAUUGAACGUGAUGAAAUCACUGGGCAGAAACCAAAGAACAUCAGCAACUUGGAGCCUAACAAGGACUGGGAUCAGACUAACAGAAAGUCAAAAUCUACUCAUCUGAUGGCCAGAGAGGCAGCAGCCAUUGCUCGCUAUUGGGGGAGUGCUUCCUCUUCUCCAGACAACCUGGGAAAGGAGGAUAUCUUACGCAGCUCCACUCCCACAGACAUCAGCAACCCCAACUACCUGGGGAUGGCUGCUUUCUCUCCGCAACCCUCUGCAACCAGCCAGCUUAAGCAGAUACCUUCACCAGACCAGCCACCUUCUCUCUGGAGCUAUGACCAGCAGUCCAAAGAGACUACCCUCGUGAUGGGACAGAGUCAGUCAUCCUCCACAUCACCCUGCUUGUUGCCUCUAUCUCCAAAAGCAUCCCUUCAGCCUACAGUAAACAGAAGCAUUUGUAGUCGGAGCCAAGAGUACCCGCCGCCCGAGCCGGGGAAAACCACAGCAGAGCCUUUGCUUCAAGAGGAGGGACAGCAAAAGCCAGAGAUGUUUGAGAACCCACUGUAUGGCUCUAUGGGCUCUAAGGGCAAGGUGGCAUCAAAGAAAGAGACAGACUACCCCAAGGCCUUGCGAAAAGAGCAACCACCACUGCCUGAUCAGAGCUGUCAUCUCACAAAGUCCCAGGACCCUGAGAGCAGCAAGACCUCUGGCAAACAACCAUCACCACCUUUCCUGGUCCCCACACAGCGAUUUCGGUCCUAUACCUGCUCUGGCCAAUCUGAAGAAAAGAAUAGAGGUGAGAAGACUCAAAGCAAACCGAAGAUGACAUCAUUAGAAAACUCAGCACCGCUCAAAAAAAUAGUCAAGCCAUCGAGGUCUGAAGUCAGCCCAAGCAUCCCAGGACAGCAAAACAAGCCGCCUCUUCCCUCAAAGAGCCGGGCAGUGCUGGACAUGCAGAACUCCAAGGGCCGAGACUAUCGGGACAGUUUGGAGCUGCCACACUCCGGGAAGCAUCGGACAGAAGAAGCACCAGUCAGCAGGACAACUACACCGGUGUGUUACUUGUUGGAAUAA